AUGAAGUUGGCCUCGGUCUACUUGCUGGGUCUGGUGGCUUCGGUUGCCGCAGUGCCCUCGGCGCGCACGCGCUAUGUUGUCCAUGAGAGACGUAACACGACUGCGAGGAGCAACUUUUCCAAGCGCGAUGCGGUGCCAUCCGACGAGCGCAUCCAAGUGCGAGUUGCCUUGAAGCAGCGCAACUUGGACAAGGGCAUGGACUACCUGAUGGAUGUUUCCGAUCCCAACUCUCCCAACUACGGAAAACACUACAGCGCCGAGCAGGUUGCUGAGCUGUUCAAGCCAGCUGAUGAGUCUGUCGAGUCCGUGAAGAGAUGGCUGGCCGGCGCGGGCAUCUCGGACAAGUCCCUUGUCGUCCCCAAGAGCGGCGGUUCCGUCUACUUUUCCACCACGGUCGACAGGCUGGAGAGCAUUCUUCAGACGCGCUACCACGUCUACCAUCACGCCAGAGGUGACGUGGAGCACAUUGGAACGGAUGAGUACAGCUUGCCCAGCGACGUCUCUGAUGUUGUCGACUUUGUCGUGCCUGGACUGGCCAUGAUGCGUAAACGAGCGGCAGGAGGUGCGCAGAGCAGCCUUGCCCGCCGCAAGAUCCUCGAAGCCCGGGCGAAGGGAACUGUUACGACCAAGGUAGCCAUGAUGCGACUUUUUUCGGGCUACGGUGCGCAAGAGACUGACAGACUUUUAGGAAACCGCAAGAAAUGCUCCCAAAUCGUGACGCCCGAGUGCAUCCGCGCCAUGUACAACGUCCCCCGCGGUAGCCUUGCUGACCCGAGCAACAAGAUGGGCAUCUACGAGUCGGAGCACCAAAAGUACGCCCAGGAAGACCUGGACAAGUAUUUUACCCUGAUUGCGCCUGAGAUCCCCAACGGCACCCACCCUGAGGUCAACAUCAUCGGCCACGACCGCGCCAACGGCACGCUCGCCGAGGCGGGCAAGGAGUCGACGCUCGACUUUCAGCUCGCGUAUCCCCUCAUCUGGCCGCAGCAAAUCGUCGAUUUCCAGACCGAGUACGACGACGCGCACCCACACGGGUACUUUAACUUUUUCCUCGACGCGAUUGACGGCAGCUACUGUGACUACAUGGGUGGUUAUGACCCCAACGUCGACGGGACCCCGUCUGCGCACCAGUGUGGUGUCUUUAACAGGACCAACGUGAUCAGCAUUUCGUAUGGCUUCCCGGAGAAGGACUACCCGGUCAACUACCAAAAGUGUGACGAGUUUAUGAAGCUGGGUCUGCAGGGCACCUCAAUGUUCCUGGCCAGCGGCGACAGGGGUGUUGCAGAGGAAGGAUGUCUGGGUGAGAAUGGUGAUGUUUUUACAGCAGACCAGUCGUCCUCGUGCCCGUACAUGACCUCGGUCGGCUCCACGCAAAUCGUGCCGGGCGGCGAUGCGGGGGAUGAAGAGAUGGUGACUCGGUGGUUCUCGCCCGGAGGUGGAUUCAGCAACAUUUUCCCUCGCCCAGAAUACCAAAAGCACGCAUCCCACGAUCCCGGCUACGCCAACUACAGCACUGUGGACAUGAAGAUCCCAUACGCAAGCGGCGGCGUGUACAACGGUGCGGGCCGAGGUUACCCAGACAUUGCCGCCGCCGGCGACUUUGGCUUCAUCGUGUACCAGGGCAAGAUUCUGUACGAGGGCGGCACCUCGAUGAGCGCGCCCGUCAUCGGCGCCAUGUUCAACCUCAUCAACGAGGAACGCAUCAAGAGGGGCAAGGGCCCGGUCGGCUUCGUGAACCCGACGCUGUACCAGCACGAGGAAAUCUUCCACGACGUCGUCAAGGGCGGCAUGUACACAGGAGGCGGCGUCUGCAAGGACAAGGGCUUCAAUGCGACCCGAGGCUGGGAUCCGACCACGGGUAUGGGAACGCCGAAGUUCGACAAGAUGCUCGAGGUCUUCCUGAACCUUGCGUAG